AUGUUACGAAUCUAUCUAUCCGCAAUUCGCCCUAUCAUGAUGUACGGAUCGGAGACUUGGGCAGCACCAUCAACGGUUAUGGAGAGGCUUGACUGCACGGAACGAAAGCUGCUUAGACGGCUACUUGGCUACUUUUGGCAUAGGGUAUGCCACAAUGAAGAUCUUUACGCAGAAAUUGAUGUGGUUUACUGGCGGAUGACACGUGGAAGAUAUCAACAUCUUGCACCGCCUUCGAAAGCGGCUAAAAUAAAUCGUCUUCGCUUCUUUGGUCAUAUAUUAAGGAGACCGGCAGAUCGCCUUGUCCAACGAGUUCUGAAGAGUUCGUCGGGUUCGAGCUGGAAGAAGCCACCUGGCCGAAAACGGAAGUUCUGGACUGAAGUGGUAAAAGAGGACCUGAGGACACUCGGCGUGGAUAGGCAGUUCAGGCGAGAAGUAAGGUUUCGCAGAACAUGGAAUAGGGACGAAUGGAUUGAUUCUGUGCAAGCUCUUGCAGAAGAUCGAGAAGGUUGGGCAGAGCUGUGUUUAAGGACGACACCCCUCGGCGAAGAUGCGGGUAAUCGCGUCAGGCGAUGA